UUUUUGUCGGAGUCGGAACUGUUGAACUGACGAAACGAUCAAGCUCGCGGUUCUUGGCUUCGUCAAAAACAUUCAAUAAAUUCUAAAUACUAAUAUUACAAAUGAAAUUAAUGGUAGUACCUCAAGUUGAAAUUAACAUUUCAACUGCAUCAAGCUGAUUUUAUAAAAGCCAUUGUCAAACGUCGCAAAGGAUUUGCUCAUAAUUUGCAAAAUAUUUAUUCCCAGAUACAAAAUGGUGAUAAUUCAAUAAAAAAAAUUGACUGAUAUGCCAAUCGGUAUGUCCGAUGGAGGCGGAUCUCACGUUUCGUACAGUCUCGAAGGCGGCGGACGUGUUGCGAGAAUUGAUACAGGUACAACACGAACGGACAUACCUGAGCUCCACAGAAGUUUGGAGGAGACCUUAAGGAGACUGAGCACUAAUUUUAUGCCACAGCGUCAGACUAGCGAGUCUAAUAAUGAGAUGUCGGAUACUCAAGCAGCAACGAUAUCUUCGGAGGAAACACCGUCAAACGUAUGGGAUCAAGAAUUGUCGGUUGACGUGACCGACGGUGCAUUAUCGCCGAGUCAAACGACUCCUAGUGCCCCGACCUUGAGUUCAGACGACGACGAAAGAUAUUGCUGGGUUUGUUUCGCGACGGACGAAGACGAUGCAACGGCUUCUUGGGUCAAGCCUUGCCACUGUCGAGGCACAACGAAAUGGGUUCAUCAAGGCUGCAUACAACGUUGGGUCGAUGAGAAACAAAGAGGUCGUGCAGGAGCUCAUGUCGCAUGUCCCCAAUGCAACACGGAAUACAUCAUAGUGUAUCCGGAUAUGGAUCCCUUGGUCGUAAUAUUAGACACGAUAGACGGUGUUAUUUUUCGAGUUUGUCCAUUCAUAGCAGCUGGAAUAAUCGUGGGAUCGAUUUAUUGGACCGCUGUAACGUACGGUGCGGUAACCGUAAUGCAAGUGGUUGGUCACAAGGAUGGUCUGACGAUGAUGGAACAGGCUGAUCCUUUGAUUCUCCUUGUCGGUUUACCGACGAUACCGAUCAUGCUUGUGCUGGGAAAAAUGCUCAGAUGGGAAGAUCAAGCUCUCAGCCUUCUUAGGAGACACGCCUGCAAAGUUCCAAUUCUCAGACACUUUUUGCCUCGCAGGUUUAUAAAUUGUAGUUAUUCCGACGAUGAUAGGACCCAAUCUCAAGACGUUCCACGCAUGAGCGACCCCGUUUCAGCCACUCGAAUCUUGUGCGGAGCUCUUCUUCUUCCAACUAUCGCUAGCAUCUGCGGCAAGAUUUUUUUCGUUAGCAUCAACUCUAAUUUUCAAAGGACUCUCUUGGGAGGUGUAGCGUUUAUAACGAUAAAAGGUGCUUUCAAGAUUUAUCACAAGCAACAACAAUACGUAAGACAGUGCGAAAGGCGUAUAAUGGACUACACGGAUUCGAACGUAGCAAUGUACAGAAGACAACAAAGCACGGAUAACAAUCAAACGAGUUAAAUCCGUAAAGUUGUGUCAUAUUACGGACGUCAAUCGAUCGUAAAUAAGUCUUUCCCAGUUUAAAGCGCUAAAGGUUUGAAAAGAAAACUAUUAAAAAGAAUACGACGAAACAGCGUUACCUGUUUAAAAGAAAUUUCGAUAUUGAAACGGCGUACAGACCUUGCAUGAGAUUGUUCAAAUCUCGUUUGUAAUGGACAACAUUGAAGCAAAGUUAAAAAAGAAAAUACAGAUGUACAUACUCACAUAGUUGCAGCUAUUUCUUAAGUUGAGAUCACCGAAGAUCUCAUUAUUGCUUUAAUAUGGUUAUUGACUAAUCGGAUAUUGGUACGAGGACUAUUCAUUCAAAUAUAUAUCCUUUACUUUUGCGCAAAAGUAUAUGAGUAGAUAUUACCAUUAAAGGAACAAAACGAAGUUAUUGAUUCAAUAGACUUGUAUCCAAUGCUGCCUCCAUCUGGUCAACGUCUCACGACAUGGAAAUUCUGAUUAAAUCCGACACAAAAUUAUUUACGAAAUAUAUGAAUAUAUAUUUUUUCGAUUUAUUGGUACUUUUUUUUUAUUGCUUGAAACAGAAUACAAAAGGAUUUUUCCUUUUAAGUUAAAAGAAAUAUUUAGACACGACCUAAGAUUUUAAAAACGGAGCCUCUAAGUAAUUAAUUUUCAGUAAGCAUUCCUCGUUUAUUUUUUUUAAAUUCACUGCGUUGAAGCUAUUUUCAAGUCAACGCACGGAGAUUUUUUUCGCUACGAGUGACCACGGUAGGAAAAUUUUCCAACUAUGUCAACACUUUGGACAAGUUUCCUUAUUGUUUGAACAGCACAGUCAAAUUCCGUUUCUGAACUGACGUGCGAAAACCCAAAAAAGUUAACGGCCUCAAUGUUAUGUCUUUGCCAAUGAUCGUUUAUAAACUUUUUUUCCAAGCAUUACGAACAAACAUGAGCAUCGGUAUCGUCAUUUCAUUAUUUCUUGAAGGAAUACUUCAAAUUUCCAUACAAAUAAUUGGAAACAGUAUUAAGAAGAAUCAACUGUACGCAGGAGCAAUCAAUUUUCUGUUGGAAAUUCGAUUGAGAAAUCGAAUUAUUAGUGACGAAUAAGUAAUUGUACUCCAGUAUAGAAAAUAAUCGAAUGAGGAAACCAAUAAUUAUAUUUGUUCGUAUUAUAGUUAAAAAUAUACUGAAAAACAUUUGUAAAAAAAACUUUCUACCAGCAAAAACAAAAGCGUUGGUAAAUUGAUUAGUUUUUUUGAAUUUUUGCAUUCUGAACGAUUAAUGAAGUUCUAGUGGUCCGGUGCUUUCAAAUAUUUCUAUAUUCCUCGAUAACAGAAAAGCUCGUCCAAAGUAUUACCAUAUUCGGAGAUUCUUAAACGAUUAUUGUUACCAAGUUCCUCCUUUAACGAUUUCGAAGUUUGUGUCGCCGAAAUGAAGUCAAUUUUUGUUGUUUUAUUGAUAAAAAAUUUCUCGCAAUUUUUCGGCAACGAGAAUUAACUGUACAACUUUUGUCGUCGAAAAAUGCAGAUAUUGGCUACCAGAGGAUAAUUCUUUCUUAAUUCGCUAACACCAAUUGAAAAAAGAAUUUUUGUCGGACUUGAAAGAUGCAAAUUUCAGUGACAUGUUGUUUACGAGCACAAAGUUCGAAAUUUUACCGCUACGAGCGCUGUUUGCGUCCGCGUCCCAUCAAUCGUUAACCGCGACUUGGAUCGCGAAUCGUUAAAAAAUGUUGCAUAUGUAAGUUUUCCAGUGCCAAGAUCGCGGCAUGAAAUUAUCGUAACUUAGAACUGUAUAAAUGAAAUAAGGAAAUUGUGUGAAGACUAAACAGGGGUGAAAAGAAUUCACAAUCGGCAUUUUCAUGUGAUGUACAAAUAUAUUUACUGAAUAAUA